AUGGACGAGGAAGAAGUGAAAGCGACAGAAAAAGUAGUCAACGCAUUUUUCUACUAUCAAAAAUAUGGAAAAGACAAAAUUCUGGAAAUGAUCAAUCAAAUGAGAAAAAUCCCGAAUGAACAUCAGAUUAAAAUUGGAGAAUCUUAUAAACAACAUAUUCGAAAUGUGACACAAAGAAUGGAACACAAUUAUGGGUAGGUAUUUAAAUAAGAAAAAGUUAGUUUUGAGAAAAAAUAUGUUUUUUUGAAUUUUAAAAUUUAAAAAAUAAAACGUGAACCUUCACGCCAGAUGUUUUAUAAUUUCUCGUUAUUUCUAAAUUUUGCAGUGUUCUCAAAACUAUCAUAAAUUAUGGUGCUGGAAUGUUUGGAGAAGAAGCGAUGAAAGCUCUUCGAAUUCAUCAACUUCGCCGUCCAACUCCUGAAUAUAUGUCAAAAGUUCUAUCAACAAUCAGACAAAUUUGUCGAGAAUGGUCGACUGAUGGAAAUCCAGAACGAGAAGCCACAUUUACACCAAUAAUUGAGGAAUUGAACACAAUUUAUGAGCCUGAAAAUCGACAUAAUAUUCGAAUUUUGGUACCUGGUUGUGGAUUGGGAAGAAUGGCAUAUGAUUUGAUAAAUGAAGGAUAUACGGUGCAGGGAAAUGAAUUCAGUAUGUUUAUGUUGAUGACGUCGUGUUUUAUUUUGAAUGCGUGUAAAGAGGUUUGUUAAAUUUUUACUAGGUGGAAAAUGGAAGUUUUCGGGAAUGGAAAAAUAUUGAAAAAUAGUUGUGAAUUAUACUUUUUGAAAAAUAAUUCUUUGGAGAUCACAUUUUCCUAUAUGUUAGUAUUUUUAAAUAUUGUAUUCAACCAAUCAAAAUCGCUUGAAUAUUUUCCACAUAAUUUUUGUGGCAAAAUUUUAUUCUAUUUUUUCUAGGAAAAUCAAUUCACAUUAUAUCCAUUCAUCUUUGACAAAAGUAACAGUUGGAGUUAUGAAGAUCAACUUCGACCAAUUCAAUUUCCUGACAAAUGUCCAAAUACAGUUGGUGAUUCAACAACUCGAAAAAAUGCAUUUUCAAUGUGCGCCGGAGAUUUCAUGGAAGUUACCGCAAAUUCGAGUUUUGAUGUGAUUGUGACAGCAUGGUUUAUUGAUACAGCACACAAUGUUUUGGAAUAUAUUGAACAGAUUUAUAAAUGUUUGGAACCGAAUGGGAUUUGGAUUAAUUGUGGACCACUUACUUAUCAUUUUGAGGAUGAUAAAGAGGAGGUGAGGGAUGGUGUUUGAAAGGGAAAAAGGAUGUUGGGGGGGGGGGGCUCUGCAAAAAACACAGAUUUGGAUACAUUUUUUUAUUUCCCAAUUCUAAAACCAAAAAGGUUCAUCGAUUUAAACCGUAAAAAGUUUUUUAGUUUUUCUGUCAGAAAUGGGGCCAUUUUCAGAAUUCCAUCGAACUUCCUUAUACUGAAAUCAUCCGAUUGGUCAAAGAAACCGGGUUUGUUGUUUUAAACGAAAAACAAAUUGAUAGUCGAUAUACUGUAAAUCGAAAAUCCAUGUUGCAAAAUUUGUUUAGUUGCGCGUAUUUCAGCUGUCGAAAACCGGCAUAA